CUAUGGAUUCGUAGCUUCAAAAACUCAAUUCCUCUGCAAAUAUUCUUUUAUUUCCUUCGGAUCAGAAAAAUGCUGGGCAAGAAAAUGGUGUCCUUCAAGAAACUCGCCAAGAAAGUGAAGGUCCGAGCCGGAACCGAUGGCGGCGAAGCAGAAGCAUCGCACCACGAGUCUUUGCUCAGAGAUCGACUGGAAUUGUCGGAGGAUCAGGAAUCUCAGUCUCCGUCUUCUUCGACGCCGACUGGUUCGUUCGCUAUUUACGUCGGCGACGAACGGCAGCGUUUCGUCGUUCCGACGAGCUUCUUGUCGCACCCGCUCUUCCGGAUGGUGCUCGACAAGGCGUACAGAGAGUUCGGAUUCGAGCAGAGGAACGCGCUCGUGGUUCCUUGCAGCGUCUCCGCCUUCCAAGAAAUCGUGAGCGCAGUAGAAUGCUGCAAUGGCAGAUUCGAUUUCGGCGAGAUUGUCGAGGAGUUUCUUUAGAACAGCCGAAAUUUGCGGAGAAAUAUCAGUUCAGUAGGUUUGAAUCCUUCGGGAGUGAAAUUCGUCGUCAACUUCUGUUGAAACCGAGGAGGAUUCGAUUCCAUUCCAUUCCAUUCGAUUUAAUUUGAUUCGAUUCGAUUCGGCCAAUUUUACAGUUCGAUCGGGUGUGAAUCUGUUCAUCUCAAAUUCAUAUCCGAUUCGAUUCGAUGAACCAUUUUUCUUCGGAAGCAGUUGAAAUGGUAAAAUCAGAGCCGUCAUUUACGAUGAAAUUUGCAUUUGUAAUUGGAGUUGUAGUUGUAAUUAAUAUGUAUGAAAUCAAAUGGUAGUUGUCUUUAGGUAAUUUUGUCAUCUUUCUUAGAGAGUUUUCAUGGCAGCUGGCAUUUCCAUGUAAACAUAGAAAAGAAGGAAUGAGCAAGAAAGUGAAAGACUAGGAUUUUUUUU